AUGGGGCGAAGUAAUCCGUUGUAUGUCACAAAAUGUCCAGUACCAUACUACGAAGUGUUCCACAAUAUAGACGAGAGAGGGGACGCUCAUUCCUCCAGGCCCUUAAUUCAAGUAGUGAGUGAUCCUUGCUUAAGUGGGAAGAAAAGGAAAAUAACCACCUUGCUUCCUCUCCUCGAUAUAGACAUUCCUAUCAGCAGUCUCCCGCCUAAGCAAAAGUAUUCCAACGAUGAAGGUGCUUUCUGUUGA